UCCUGUUAUAAUAACUAAUUGUUCGUAAACAAAGUAUCAAACUGCAAGGAGGAGAAAAAACCAGUUUAAAACAGAACCACAGCAAAUAUCUCAUAAUAAAUCAUGAGGCAAGCCCCCACACAUUCCCGAGAUUAUGCACGCGUCAGUAAACAAUUUUAUCUGAAUCUGAAUGAGCAACGAAAAAAGACGGAUACCGAUAGAAGCACAUGGUUAACUAUCGUUGCCGAUUCGAUUUGACGCUCGUCGUAGUCAUAUCCACCGAGCCUGAGAGUACCAGCUUCAUUUGGCAGUGGCCCUCGAAAAUCCUUGACCUACAUGUUCUAGCCACAUCCGCAUCGGUUUCGCCCCAGGCAUCCCAAAAUAACCAACCAGCAUCACAAAAUGCGUAGAAGCGAGUAAACAGCGUUACAUAAAUAAACGGAAGAAUGAAAAUUAUUUUUCUCAGCUCUUUUUCUUCUGGUGCAUGGCAGCCUUGAAAUCAUCUCAAGAAAUUAGCCUUCAUAAGCGUUUGUUUAAUGUUCCUGUGAAACCGCAGGACUUCCUGUUACCUGAGGUCACGUGAAGGUUAUUGCCAGCCCGAUCCUGCUAUCCUGGUACGUACGCCGAUAACAGAAUUCUAACCCUAAGGAUCUGGCCAUGCAGGCACCGAAGCACCGGCAGAGUAGCAACGAGGAAAAGUUGUAAUUCCACUCAGCUUUUCCAUACCUACUCUGUGAGAAUCAGCGAGAGAACAAACGGGUUCACUUUCACUACUCUCACAUUCUCAGCUCACCGAGAGUCGCUGGAAAAGCGUGAGAAAAAUUCUAACCUCAAAAACGGAUAUGGAAGAUAUUUGCUCAACCCACCUGCGAUUCAUUCAUAACCGUGACGGGGAAUGCAAUGCCAAACCUCUCAACUGCCCCCUGCCUGAUGGUUGUGGAAAGCGGUGAAAUUAUACAUAUACUACACAUAGUAGUUGUCUAUUCAAAAAUUGAUAUGGUGUAUUUAUUAUCUCAAGAGCAAGAAUGACGAUAUCGCUGCCCGUGUAACAUUUUAUGAAUGAAUGCUUAUGAGAUGGCAGAAAAUACUACCGGUUGUCCGUUUUUGUUUUCCUGUGGACCGUAUUGCUCAGACCACAUAUCUUCUUCUUCUUCUUCUUCUUCUUCUUCUUCUUCUUCUUCUUUAUGGCUCGACGUUCGCAUUGGAACUAGGCCCGCCUCGCUUCAACUUAGUGUUCUUAAUUGCACUUCCACAGUUAUUAAUUGAAGGGCUUUCUUUGCCUGCCAUUGCAUGAAUUUGUACAUUCUGUGGCAAGUACAAUGAUACACUAUGCCCAGGGCCAACUCCGCCAAGGAUGAUUCUUUUAUUCUGGAGAUACACUUGUGUAUGUUCAGAAUUAACAAGAAUCAUUGUUGCCGGUUCCAAGCCCGGGUAAAGGAGGAGGAUAUAUGUGGUGAUGACCGUAGCCACACGAAUGCCUAAUACGAUCUAACCCCGAAUCUACGGUGUAAUGCGACCCGUGCCUAUGGAUGCAUGGCUGGGGGGGUGAAACAAAUACUCAGUCGCGAACGGAGCCUGUGGGGUACCAGGGAGAACCCCACAGUAUUCAUCCCUUGCUGCGUUAAUGCAGGGCUCUGGCGCAGUCGACCUUUACUUCCCGUGCGACUCGUGGGAACAACAAUGAGCAACAACAACAAACAAAAUAAAACAACAGGUGCCAACUGCCUCUCUCAGCUGGAAAAAAUGGACACUGACCAGGGAGAUUCGCUGGAGCAGCUCGAAGCACAGCUAGAUAGUAAAUCACUGGAAAAUCUGUCCAGUUGUCCAUCGAUCAAUUUGGACACUCCAAAGAACUCCGAGAUGGAAGACAGCGACGAGGACGAUCGAGUAAGCGUCACUAUCAAGACAUCAAGGGAAUCAACCGUUGCAAAUCCGGAACAAUCUCAGCAAAUGGACCGAGUCAAGCUGAGUGGUGCCGGCAAAAAGCGACUGAAAAAACUGCUAGAUCAGGGCUAUGACAAAGACGAGGCCUAUCGCCUUGCCUACAGGCCAAGCGUGCAGUCAGAACCAUCGAAAAGGCCUAGAGAUGACCUAUCGAGUGGUGAGAAGCCACAACCCAAAAAGACAAAAGGGACAUCAACACCAACGGGAAGGCCGCACAAAGACCAUUCUCUAAAAUCCCUAGCCACAUCAUCGGUGAACAUCCGGCUGCAACGGCAAAGAGAUCCAAACUUCCAAGAUGGAAGGGCAGAGGCAGAUGCUGUCCACAUGCAACCCGGUACCUCGAAAGUUGCGAACAAGAAGACAAACGAAGACGCUGAACGCUCCAAACCCGGGAAACUGAAAGUCCCAGGUAAACAGGCUAAAGUUGGAAGUUGCAGUCAAUUCGGGAAUACGAAGGUCCCAGAUAGGAAAACAGAGGCAGCAGCAGGGCUAUCCGACUACAGCUCUAACAACACAACAGCUAAUAUUGGUACAAGACACCAUUAUUAACAAAGUAGUGGAAAAUCGGGGAACAGAUGUAAAACCGAUUUUCAGAGGAUGCACCAUAAAAACAGGCUUCCUUGUUAUCAACUGCCACGACCAGGCUACAGCGGACUGGUUAAAAAGGAUAACUCCGAGCCUACUUGUAUGCGAGGGAGUUGAGUUGAUAGCGGUCGACGAAAAGAACAUUCCUAGAUCGGAAAUCUUGGUAGCCUACCUGCCGAAAAGCGCCACUAAAAGCAACGAGCAAAUAAUGGCAUUCAUCGAGUCACAGAAUGACUUGGACACGGAUUCCUGGAGGACUCAAUGCAGAAAUUGACAAGAUGGGGAUUUCAAAUCAAUUACUUGUAUCACACUGCAAAACUACGUCGGGUCAAGAAAAGCAGGAUCGACAAGCAGGACAGUAACACUGACUGUAUAGAGGUUCAGGAUAUGGCAAUGGAAACGGAAGUCGCCAGUAUGAUACAGGGCAAAGACCUAGGGAACACGCUGCCGGGCCCUCAAGUGGACCAGCAGCAACAAAUUCCUGAGCCAAGUCCGGUAAUUACUACUGGUGAUGGAUGUGAAAGUUCGUCUAAAACUGAAUCCCAAGAAGGAACUGCUAAAACGAAUCCGAAAAAGGAUAACAACCGUGGUGAGAACAACAGUAGUUCACUGGGAAUGCAAAAGAAGGUCCCAGAAAUCUCCAAAGAGUCCACCACAAAAGGCACAAAAACUAAGCCGACGAUCCGCCAGUAACAAAAAAGCGGAUCGUCAACGCAAUGACCAACAUAAAAUUGGUUCAGGCAAACCUACAGCAUGCAAGAGGGGCAUCAGGCGUACUUUUGCAAAGGUUUGCCAAAGAAGACCUCGACCUGGCGUUAGUACAGGAACCGUGGGUCAACAAUCAUAGGGUGAUGGGCCUUACAACACCAAAAUGUAAGUUACUCUAUGAUGAUAGCCAUCCUUCUCCAAGGACAGCUAUCUUAGUAAAUGGAAGGAUUAAUUUUACUCCCAUUACAGAAUUUAUCAAACGAGACAUCGUAGCCAUCAGGAUGGAGGUUCCAACAGCCAGGGGUAAGUCUAUCGUUAAUAUAGCAUCAGCUUACUUUCCUGGUGAUGAAGAAGAAGCUCCGACGUCCUCAAUCUGCGAAUUUGUCACCAGCUGCAGACAACAAAACCAGCAAUUUAUUAUCUGCUGCGAUGCCAACGCUCACCACACUGUAUGGGGAAGCAGUGACAUCAACAAACGAGGUGAGUCCCUUUUAGAAUAUAUUUCUGCUAAUAACAUUGAUAUAUGUAACUGUACAAAAACCCACAGGGCAGUCAGACGUCUCUGGUCGGUGACAGUCUAGCUUGCAAUGCAAAUCGUUGAUAGAAAUGACAUUAAAGGAAGAAUAGGAAAGGAAUAGGAAAAAACAAAGUUUCGAUAUUUUGGGAAGCGGUGAUAAUUUGUUUUCUCUAUUAUAAAACUAAAAUUUUUACAUGAUCGCAUUGCAAAACGUAAACUUCUUAAAUUCAAAGUGAAUUACGUAGAUUAGAAGACCGUUAGCAAAUUGGUAAAUCGGAUAGUGGGCACUGAAAACUUAAAAUAGAGCUUAAAUAACAUGCAAUUUAUACUCUUAUUCUAGCGACUAGAUUUGUGAAUUGAAAACUGGUUACUUGAGUAGAAGAUAAAGGUUUAAUAUAAAAUAUUGUUCUUAACCUAUUUGAAAUCCUACAUCAACGUAACUAGUGAACCUUGCUGAUCCUUUCGUAGCACGAGGACAAAGAAAAAAACUAUCAACUGUAAGUAGAGCUUAUGAAUUGAUUGUGUAUUACAGCAAUAUAAAAUAUUAAAUUACAGUUUUAGCUGCUGCUAAGGCUGCUCAAAAACGGUGGUGUUAUUUCUUGGAUAAAUCCGAACAGUAACAGAGGGGACAAACCAACAUAUGUUAACUCAAGGCGACAUGAAGUACUUGAUUUUACACUUUGUAGCCAAAUUCUAACAGAUAGAAUUACCUCUUGGGAAGUAUCUGACGAGGUAUCUCUCUCAGAUCAUAAGCAUAUCACCUUCUCAAUAGAGAGGGGAGAGACCGUGAGGGAAUUCUAUCGAGACCCCAGGAACACCAACUGGGAUCUCUACAAGCAAAUUCUUGCGACCAAGCAACCUCUGCUGGACGAAAAAAUAAGAACAGCAGAACAACUAGAAAAAGCUUCUAGGAUGGUCACUAACAAAAUUAUACAAGCAUACUACGAAAGUUGUCCACAAAGGGAAAGGAGUUCAAACAGGAAAGUCCCUUGGUGGAACAACGCUCUACAAAAAAUGAGGAGGAAAGUAAGAAAACUCUUCAACAGAGCAAAAGCAACUUCGGAUUGGGGCCAAUAUAGAAAGGCUCUAACCGAAUAUAGCACUGAAAUAAGGAAAAGCAAACGAAGACAUUGGAGAUUCAUGUGUGAAAACAUCCAAUACACUUCAGAAGCGGCCAGGCUUCAAAAAGUCCUUUCUAAGGAACACUCAAAUGGCCUAGGCAACGUUAAGAAGAUGGCACAUUCACCAGAAGUCCUUCAGAAACAUUGGAAGUACUGAUGGAAAAACAUUUUCCAGGCUCAUUUGCUGUUGAUGAAAAUUCAUCGGGACAAUUGAGGACAAAUUCUGGACGCAAUAUGAACAGAAAAGAUGCACUCAUGGAAUCCCGAAAAAUGUUCACAGUGGCAAUGGUGGACUGGGCAAUAAAUUCCUUCGACCCUUUCAAAUCUGCUGGAGAAGACGGCAUUUUUCCGGCGCUAAUACAGCACGGUAGGGACAUAAUCAUCCCUGCUUUAGUUGAGAUGUUUAUUAGUAGCAUGACACUGUGCUACAUUCCCAGUUGGUGGAAUAAGGUAAGAGUGAUAUUCAUACCAAAAAACGGCAAACGGGACAAAACACAGCCUAAAGCAUACAGGCCAAUAAGCCUAACCUCAA